GUUAGGUAAAGUUGUAGUUGGCUUCACUUUGGUUGCCAGGAAACACACAAAGGCAAGCAGGAGCAGAUGAAACAAAGAAUUGCACAUUGCUGAUAAAGUGGCCUUCGGAGGCAAGGCCUCCGUUGGGACAGAAGUCUUGCAGGGGCAAGUCACACAAGAAAAUGGAGUUUAAACCCCUGACAUGCUAACGGAAGCAAGGUUAGCCAAAGAAGUUCUGAGAAAUUGCUUUUUUUAAUGCGUUUCAAAGGAGAUUUACAAGCUGCGUUCUGUAUUGGUUGGUAUAAACAUGGGGGGGGAAGCUUUAUCCAUUUUUAAUCAAGCCAGAUUAAACAGAAUAUAAGGAGGGGUGUUUUAAAAGGAUUCGAUUGUAGAUUUUGAAAGUAAACUGUGGAAUUAAAGACAUGUGGGGGUUGAGGGCUUUUACCCCCUACCUUGAACAUUUUGGCUUGAACAUUUUGUCUCCUAAUUGUCUGUCUUGAAAUGUGCUUUCAUUUUGGAAUUCUGUUGCUAAAUUGGGUUUGUUUUCAAAGGCACCUGUUGAAUUAAAAAAAAAAAAAAAGUAUAGAAAGAGUUGAAGGCAGCUGAAAAGAGGUGAAGCCAUUAUGAGUUACCAGAAUGCACUUGAGUUGAACAAGGGGCCACAGCUGGGGUCAAAGAGCCCCAGGGGAACAGGAAGUGUGGCCACAGAUGAAGACCACCACCCUGCCCUGCUUGAAAACCAGCUCUGUGUGGGCGACUUUCUCAAAAUACAGAGUGCUUUUGAGCCCUCAGAACCAUGUCAGACUAUUUGCAUGUCCAGAGAAGAGUUCAUGCAAAGAAUGACAGAGAUUGUUGGUUGGGGCACAAAGGAAGAAUAUGGGGAGUUCUUUGACAAAGUGGAUGUGGCCCAAGAUGGCUUCAUUAACUGGGACAAGUUGACUUCAUUUAUGCUGUUAGCACUUCAUGAGAACGAUGAACGAGCAAAGGCAACUGUGGUUCCCCAGUGGAAAGACCUUGAACUCCUUCCAACGAAACACAAGGACAUCAUUCAAAAAGUAAUUUUCUUAAAAAGUUCAAGUCGUUAUCUGACCAUCAGUAAAGAAGGUUUAUUAGGAAUCUGGGGAGAGAAUUUAAAGCUCCAAGAAACAUUUCCCAUCACUUCAGAUGCCACCAAGCUUAAACACCUGUGGGUGACAAGUAUGGUUUCUCUGGAAAAUAUAAACAAGAUAGCAGUGGCUUUUACGAGUAAAGAGAUUUGUUUCUAUGAUCUGCUGUCCAAAGGAGAAUUUCCUUGUCAAUAUAAACUCCAAGGCCUGAAGGGAACACCGAUUUGUAUGGAAUAUUGGUAUGACGUCCUUGAUGCCAAUGAAUCAAUUCUUUCUUUUGGGGACAUAACUGGAAAGGUUCAAGCAAUUGUUUUCACGACGGCCUUGAUUUCCCUGUUUGAGCGUCCUGCUAAUGCACACGAAGACGAAGAAGCCACUGUGACUAUUAACUGGGCAGAGCUGCUCUCUGGAUAUCACAAAUGUUGCUAUACAUUAGAGCAUAAUCUUCAUCAUGGAGAUUGGGUCAGGCAAGUUACUUACAGUGCAUCUUUAGAUGCUAUCAUUUCCAGUACAACCAACAAUACAAACACUGUGGUGCUGGCUUGGAGAGAGAAAUCAAAAAAGCCUCUUAAAAUGACAUCCUUCAAUGUUGCCGAGGGCAUUCAUGCUUUUGAUUACCACUCUCGGCUCAAUUUAAUUGCAACUGCUGGCAUCAACAAUAAAGUUUGCCUUUGGAACCCCUAUGUUGUCUCUAAACCGGUUGGUGUCCUCUGGGGUCACUCAGCCAGCGUAAUAGCUGUCCAAUUCUUUGCUGCAAGAAAACAACUUUUCAGCUUCUCCAAAGAUAAAGUUUUGAGACUCUGGGAUAUUCAGCACCAGCUGUCCAUCCAGAGGAUAGCUUGUUCUUUCUCCAAAAGUCAGGACUUCAGAUGUCUCUUCCACUUUGAUGAAGCCCACGGACGACUUUUCAUCUCAUUUAAUAACCAGCUCGGACUGUUGGCAAUGAAAAGCGAGGCCGGCAAGAGGGUGAAGAGUCACAAGAAACCAGUCACUUGUGCUCUUUACAAUUCAGUCUUGAAGCAGGUAAUCAGCUGUGAUGAGGGGUCUACUGUUGCCUUCUGGAUGAUAGACACUGGGCAGAAAAUCAAACAGUUUACUGGUUGCCAUGGCAAUGCAGAAAUCAGCACUAUGGCCCUUGAUGCAAAUGAGACACGGCUUUUGACUGGCAGCACAGAUGGGACCGUAAAGGUAUGGGACUUCAAUGGACACUGUCACCACACCCUAAAUGUUGGGCAAGAGGGAGCUGUGGAUAUUUCACAGAUUCUGGUUCUUAAGAAGACAAUACUGGUUACAGGCUGGGAGAGGUAUGAUUAUUCUGAUUGGAAAACUCCAAGUAAGGCUAUUACUGUGUUCCGUCUACAAAACUUCAAUCAAUAUUUCAUCCAGCCUGAGAAAUGGAAAGGUGGAAUACAGCACUGUGAUGAUAUCUUGUGCGCUGCAUUUUUACCUCCACAAACUCUUGUUACAGGAAGCUAUGAUGGAGAAAUUAUUCUGUGGAACAACAACACAGAAAACGCUCACUACGUCCUUCACCCUGAUUACCAGAGGCUGCUAAAAUCAAAAUGGGAUACAGAGCCUCAGAAGCUUCUCAGUGCUGGGAGGAGCCACUCUGCCUGCCCCAGUGCAAACCAGGCUACCCUGGGACCCUGCUCCUUUGAGACAAACACCAAAUACAAUAAUGCUGUUGUGAGGCUUUGCAUCCUUGAAGCAAGAAAAAACACUGCAGAGACAGGAGGAGCUAACCUGGUCUCAUGUGGAGGUUCUGGCUAUGUCAGGUUCUGGGACACAUUUAAGAAGCAACUUCUGGCUGAAUUUUUGGCUCAUGGUGGAGUUGGAUCCAUUAUAAUGUCUACUGAUAAGUCAAACCAAUACCUUGCCACAGGAGAUCUGGAUGGACAGUUGAAAAUCUGGAAUAUAGAAGAGUACUGUCUUAAUUCCAGUAAGAGCAAAGUCACACAGGCCCCAACUCUGAUAAGAUCAUUCCGACCUCAUGAAGCCCGGAUAAGUUCCUUAGAGAUGUGUAAGCCGGGCGGCCGCCUACUGAUUAUCUCCUCCUCUGCAGACUGCAGCAUUUGUGUGACUGACGUCUUCGGUGCUCCUGUCUGGAUCUUUGGUCAGGAAAAGCACUGGCAAAUUGAAAACAGUUUUUCCCUUCCUAAAAGGGAUACUAAUGUAAUGAAAAGUGAGAGUCAAGAAGAAAGCAUAAGAGAAAUUCCUUUACUUUCUAAGGAAGAAUCAUGUUUAGACCUACCAGAACGUUCUCUACUUGACAAGAAAAACAAAGAUGACUCCACAUACAAUGUCAGACCAUCAGAAGUCAUAAAUUUAGGUAUAAAAUAUAAGGAAAGAAAUAUCUUGAAGAAAAAAACACAUAACCAUUACAAGGGAGAAUUUAUACAAAAAUCAUACAGUGCAUUCAGGUCAUUAAGUAUCGGAACCCUGAAAGAGCUGCCUGAAGUGACCAAACCAGCUUUUCUUUGGGACCCAGAGAAAUAUUUCAGGGAAGAGCCAAAGGAGGAGUGUUCCCAAAUUCCAGAGCCUCCAUUGCUCUCCGAAACUUUGAACGCUGUAUUUGAUGAGAAAAACCUGUUCCCCAAAGAAAUUCUGGAUCGUGAACGAAGAGCCAAGCAAUUAUAUCAAGAAACAAGUAGUGAAGUGAAGAUUAAAAGAAAUAAGAAGCAAUUAUAAUUGAAACAAAAAUAAAUAUUUCAUUGUCACAUAAAAUAUGAAUAUAAAAUGUGGAGAGGAAUCAAGAAUUCUGUGCCAUUCUUUGACUCUAUGUUUAAAAAAAGAUUUUUUAAAUGUUUAUUUAUUUUUGAGAGAGAGAUUAACAAAGUGUGAGCAGGGAAGGGGCAGAGAGAGACAGAGACACAGAAUCUGAAGCAGACUCCAGGCUCAGAGCUGUCACCGCAGAGCCUGGUGCAGGGCUUGAACUCAAACUGUGAGACCAUGAGUCAAACGCUCAACCAACUGAGCCAUCCAGCUGCCCCUCCUUGACUUUGUAUUUAAACUUCAGGAAGUUUCACCUUCAGACAAUGUCUUAGUGCUGCUUUUAUCCAUCACCUUUCACUUUCUGUGCAUUCUUAAUAAAAGAUAGAUUGGACUACAGAGGGGCCAAUAUUAACUGGUAUCAUCUAUUCCCAAGUGGUUUUAUAUAAAAAUGUGCAUUUUCAGAGCAAUGCAUUCUAACCAGUUGCCCUUCUGGUUGCUUCUAUAGGCAAAUAUUUUUGAUCAAUUAUUAUUAUAAAAACCUGCCUUGAAGUUAAAUAUGGAAAGUACUAACACAGCGAAUAUCUACAAACUUAACUAAGAAAACCAUUUCCACGUAUUUACAUACUUUCUAGUUUUUUGAAAAUGAUUCUGAUAAUGCAGUCAGACCAUGUCAGUAGCAGCUAUUCCUAUUAAUUCUUACAGACUUAUAUCCAUUCUUCUGUGUACCUAUUGAGAAAUUACUGCAUAUGUUCUGCUUCUGUAUUUUAUCUUACCAUAUUAUUGAAAAGCAUAGCACUACCAAAGAAGUAAUAGUCUCAGAAAAAAAAUUUUUUUUGAAGAGACUGGGGCUAGGUAUAGGACUCACUCUAUGUAGAAGCUCAAGUGGGAAAUGUUUGGUUCUGAAAAACAAUGCCUCACUUUUUGGAUCCAUUUUUCUUUAUAAAUGUCAUCAUCUACCAGGUAACCAAUAUUCUUAUGCUGCUUUAUUUAUUGUGUUCUGUAGGAGUAAUUAAUAAAUUCAUUCAUAUAACUUUAGUUACUACACA